AUGGCAGGCGAAUCACACGCACCGGAUGAGGGCCGUCAGAACGACCAGCAAGAGACAGUCGCCACGAAUCUGCGCACACUGACGCAGCAAGAUUUUAGCGGAAUCGAGCAGCACAGUGCAGUCUCGAUCCAGGAAGCCUCUUCGCCGGCUGCAGAAGAAGAAGAAGAAGACGACGACGACGAUGAAGAAGAAGACGCAAGACUCCUCAGCGACUUGUCCCAACGGCUGGAUCAAGCGAACGCUCUCGGCGCACGUUGUGAAGCUGUUCUACGGACCGCCCGUGACAAACGUCGCGCCGCAGAGCACUCCGGCUCAAGUAUUCGAUUGCCAUUGCGGUCAGAGGUGGCAGACGAAGAUGCGGCGGUACAGCAAUCCGCGCAAAUAUCCACAGCGACAUCGUCAGCCCCGUGGGAACAAGCUGCUCAAGGAGAGAACCGACCGUGCAUGCCGAGGGAUAGCCCAGGCUUGCGCGCGGAUACUCUCAACCACCGUCGAGUGGCGCUGAAUGAAGCAGUCGCGCGCUGCAAGAAUCUCGGAGACCCGGUCGCGAGGGAAAUUGAGGAGAUCCAAGCAACCAAACGUCUAUCGGCCCUGCAGAGCUCGUUGGACCAGUGCACUGCCCUCACAGCUGCGAAUGCCAGUCAGAUUACUGCUCAGGCUUCACAGAACGCGGCGCGUGAUUGCCUGGUGAAUGUGAUGAUGUAUAUGCUGAUAGUCAACGGGUUGACACACUCCGAGGCUUCUCUACGUCUCGAGGACCAAGUCGCUGCUGGGGUGCAGAUGGACGAACAAAAGCUCCGCACGAUGGCGGCAGAGAUUGGACUCACUGCCAAAAUGGAGUAUAUUGACAAGACUUCGGCAACACUAAUCCAGAACCUCAAUGACCAGGCUAUCGAUCAUGAGCGCCAGAUCAAGGUUCUCGGAGACCAGGUCAGAGAUCUCAAAGGAGAGAUGAGCGAGAUGACCAAGCGAAUGGAGUCUACUGCACUUGCUCCUCCUCUCUGCCAUAAGAAACCAACUACCAUGGGACUCCGACCUGCGACGAACAAUGGCGACGGUGACAGGACCCAGGCCGCAAAGGUGAACACGGAGCUCAAGGCUCAACGCCCCUCUUGCUCUCACCCCGGCAGUGUGCCCAUCAACAGGAUGGAGACUCGCCAGAUCCAGUUGCCAAAUAUCGACGGCUGGCAAUCGAUGCUCAGCGUCGUACCGGGAAUUCUUGCGGACAAGGUGCUUCGAUCUGUUCGUCACCACGGGGAAGCAUAUGGCUUCAAGACAACUACGAAAGGUGAUCCUUACACGGAUUCCACGCUUCGUUUCAUGGUUGCGGUCCAGAAUCGGCAGAAAUGGGAGUCUGGCUUGAAGAAAGGCUCGAAGAACGUCUUGGAGGAGAUAUUCAUUCGGCUAAUGUACGCAGUCUUUGCGUGGGAGGCGGAGAAGGGAGCGUGGCGCCAUGACUUGCGACGCAGCUUCCGAUCGGUCGCGAGAGCGCUGAGCAAGCUUAUUACGGCAUCAUAUGGAUUCAAUGAAACUCGCACAAUCGAGUCCUUGGGGCUGUAUCGCGACUAG